GGGAAGAUGAGCUCAGGCCUUCCUAUCCACGGCCGCCAUGGGGCUGGGGCUGCUGCCUCCACUGCUGCUGCUCUGGACUCCGGGGACCUGGGGGUCCAAGCUGGACCCCAAUGGACAGCAUGUCUGCCCAGGCAGCAGCCCCUCUGAGCUCCAGUGCUGCCCAGGUUGGAGGCAGAAAAAUCAAGAAUGUACCAUCCCCAUAUGUGAGGGGCCAGAUGCCUGCGGGAAAGAUGAGGUGUGUGUGAAACCAGGCCUCUGUCGCUGCAAACCUGGAUUCUUCGGUGCCCAGUGCAGCUCCCGCUGCCCUGGCCAGUACUGGGGCCCCGACUGCCGAGAGACCUGUCCCUGCCAUCCACGUGGCCAAUGUGAGCCAGCCACGGGAGUGUGCCAGUGCCAGCCUGACCGCUGGGGCAGACUCUGUGAGUUCACGUGCACCUGUGGCCCUCAUGGGCGCUGCGACCCAGUGACAGGCUCGUGCCACUGUGACCCGGGCUGGUGGUCGUCCACAUGCCACCGUCCUUGCCAGUGCAACCCUGCAGCACGCUGCAACCCAGCCACUGGUGCCUGCCUAUGCCCACCAGGCUGGUGGGGCCGCCGCUGCAGCUUCCGCUGUAGCUGUCACACGUCGCCCUGUGUGCAGGACUCAGGCCGCUGCACCUGCCUGCAGGGCUGGUGGGGGCGUGAGUGCCAGCACAGGUGUGAGUGUGUACGUGGCCACUGCAGCAUUGCCUCCGGCCAGUGCACCUGCCCACCCGGCUUCCAGGGCCCCCGCUGCGAGCUGCCUUGCAGCCCUGGCCGCUAUGGGGCACAGUGUGGAGAAAGCUGUGGCCACUGCAAGCCGAAUACAACAUGUUCUCCAGUCACAGGCAGCUGUGAGGCCUGCAGAGCAGGCUGGAAUGGGACACAAUGCAAGCAGCCAUGCCCACCUGGCACCUUUGGUGAGAGCUGCAGCCAGGAGUGCCCUCGUUGCUGGCUUGGGGAGCCCUGUCACACAGAAACUGGACACUGUCAGCACUGUGACCCAGGCUGGAUAGGACACAAGUGUGAAAGCCUCUGCCCCUCUGGCACCUUUGGGAAGGGCUGCAGCUCUACCUGCCCUGCCUGUGUUCAGGGGACCUGCGAUGCUGUGACCGGGGACUGCGUCUGCAGUGCCGGCUACUGGGGGAUUAGCUGCAACAGCUCCUGCCCAUCUGGCUUCCAUGGAAACAACUGCUCUAUCCCCUGCCAGUGUCCAGAGGGGCUGUGCCACCCUGUGUCUGGAGCCUGUCAGCUGGGCCGCCAUGGUAAGAAUGCUCUCAUUGCGGGCAUCCUGGUACCUGUGCUGUUGCUCCUCCUGGGCAUUGCUUGCUGUGCCUGCUGCCGCUGGGCCACACGACUGCACCCUAAGGACAGGCCAGCAAGAGAUGGAGCUGCCCUGUCCAGGAUGAAGCAGCAGGUCUGGGGGGCACUGACAAGCCUGGGCUCAGCACUGCCCUGUGGCUCCCUCAGCAACUACAAGCUACCCUGGGUGACAGUGUCUCACCACGACCCGGAAGUCCCCUUCAACCACAGCUUCAUCGAGCCACCCUCUGCCGGCUGGGCCUCUGAUGACUCCUUCUCUUCUGAUCCCGACUCCGGAGCAGAGGAUGAGGGUCACACCUACUUCAUGCCACCCCAGGAAGGGAUGAUCGCUGUGGCCCAGGAAGAGCGGCCAGAGGCCAGCGUGCCCGGAGGCCCUUUCCCGCCCCCAGAGGAUGCCUCCACACCCUUCCCUAUUCCGCGCACCUCCAGCCUCGCCCGGGCCAAGCGGCCGUCGGUGUCCUUCGCCGAAGGUACCAAGUUUGCGCCGCAGAGUUGUGGAAGCCCUGGGGAGCUCUCCAGCCCUAUUCGAAAGCCCAAGAGACUCUCCAGGGGGGUGCAGCCACGUCCUGAAGGCCAGGACGCUGGGGAGUCCACAGACCCCGAGCAAACGAAAGCAGAAGAGGAGGCUUCUGCUGCUGCCAGCCCCGAGGACGGCGCCGUCCUCAGCCACCACCAACUCCCGGCUGGUGGCCCGGCAGCGGCGGGGCGCGUGGAGACCACCGACGGCAGCCUCCAGGAGAGCCCCGGCGCCGUGGCCACCAUCUACAUGCUGGCGGGACCACAGAAGGCCGAGAGCCCUGUCCGCUCUGUCUUCCGCCGUUUGGGCAACUUCCAGAAAGACCAGGCGGAGCCCAAGAUCAAGACUGCCAUCCCUAAGCCUCUGCGCCGUGCCCUCGGCCGGAACCAGGGCAGUCCUGGGCUGUCCUGUGGCUCUGCCAGCCAGAGCUCCAGUUCAGCCCCUGGUGCCAUGGAGUCCACGGGGGCCAGGCCAGCACAGGAAGCAUCCAGGGGGCUGGGGGAUGGCAUUGAGAGCUUAGAGACUGUGCAGGAGCCCGUCUCUAGGAACAGUUCCCCCGGACGGGGUCCCCAGAAGCAGGCUGAAGAGGGGCAGGAAGAGCCCGUAUAUGAGAAUGUCAUGCUCAGAUCGCAGCCCUGAGGAGUGAGCUUGGAGAGUGGGAAGACUAUGGAUGGGUUGUGGGGAGGGGACACCAAAGCUACCCGGAAUCAAGUUGUCCUUUGUGCCGGGAAAUGAUCUCUGGCCAAGAGUAAAGCCUCUGCCUGGGAAGAGGCAAAGGUUAGAGGCCAGCUAGCGGCGGGCCCUGGUGGUGGGAGGUCUGGAAGGCCUGGGCAAAGACCCUGCAGGGUGGGGUCAUAAAGGGGGAGGAGAUUACCGCAGGGACUUUUUCUCUCUUGUUCUCCAUUCUGCCCUAAUACUGUUCUUCCCUGAAUUUGCAAAAAAAAAAUUUCUUUUCUGAAAUGGGAAACAACCUAAAUGUUGUGUGAUAAAGAUUGAUUCAACAAACA